UUCUCUCCCGUGCACGUGAAACAUAAAGAACUUGCCUACUCGUGUCUUGCUUGCUGUGUAAUUACAUUGUCUUCAACGUUCCAGUGAAUAGGUUCAAGCUACAAACCUAUCAUUAAUUCGUCCUCCGAGCCGGAUCCCUGGAGUCGACAUUCACCGAGGGGAGAAGAGACACGCUGAAAGACUGACGUCAGCCAGGAAGUUCCUGUGGAUUAGCUGUCUGUCUUUCCUCCUCGAUCAAUGACGAUCGGCGGGAUUCGAGGCUGAUAUUACACGCUAAGCAACACCGAUAUGGAGGAAAAACUCAGCGCAGUGGCUAAUCGUCCAGAAUUAUACGAUGCUAGCUGCUACUUCGGGACAGGAAUAAAAAGGACCUAGCUUGGAGGCACAUAAGUGAGGAGAUCGGGCAACCUGAGGACAUCUGCAGGAAAAAGUGGAAGAGCCUCAGGGACACGUAUAGUAAGGAGAAGAGGACAUGGAAGGAGAAGAGGAGUGGGUCUGCAGCAGGAUCGGGGAGGAGAUGGAAAUUUUACGCGGUCAUGGGGUUUCUGGACCCCUUCCUCACCCCACGGGAGACUAGCGGCAAUAUGGUGCGGACCAUGGAGAACUUCGCCCCCGAGGACGAGGGACAGCCCGGAGAGGCAGCAGGGGAGUUUCAGUCUGAAGAGUCAACUGAUUAUGCAGCAGAGCCAUCCCCUGAUGCUUCUUCUGGCUCCCCAGUCCCUGGUCCCUCCACUCCUGCUGCUGCACCCACAGGCCCACAGAGGAGGACAGCUCAAAAGCGGUCGAGGGACGGGUCCCAGGAUGGUCCAUCGGCGGUGGAGCUGGCCAUCCUGGAGUCACUGAAGAGGCCACGCCCGUCUCCAACGGAGUAUUUCCUCCUUGGCCUUGCUCCUGCUCUGGAGAGCCUGCCGCCUCAGACACGAGAAUUCGUGAAAUUCCAAAUGCACAAAUUACUUUUUGAAAGCAGCACAGCUGUGUUAAAUUUGGAAACAUUGGACCCUAGCGAUCAGUAGUUUUCUGAUGAGGCAGCAGGCUCUCCAGGGCAGAAACAAUGUUCUUAUUUUUCUCCUCAUUCUCCCUGAGGCUCUUCUACUCCAAGCUGGGUCCUUUUUGUUCCUGUCUUUCUGUAAAUAGUUAAAUUUUAUAUAUUUAUGUUUAAUGUUGUUGUUAUUGAAUUUAUAUAUUUUUUCAAAU